AUGCAAACAAUCAGGCGAUUGCAACAAAUGAAAGCUUUGCGGAAAAAUAAUUACAAUUCAAUGAACUGGAAAGAACUUUUUUAUCACUUCCUACAACACUUUGCAUGUGGCACGAAUGACAGAACGCUGGAAGCUAAAAAAAAGAAGCAAAUGAAGAGGAUUAAUCAUACGAAUCAGCAACGAAUACGCGUAAACUGA